AUGACUGGCCACAGCUACACCGUUUACAAUGCCGUUUAUUCUGUGGCACACGCAUUACACGCUGCGUGUUCAAGAUCACAACGUGGGCUGAAGUGGGACGGCAAGAGGUCGCUUCUUAAUGUGAAGCCGUGGCAGCAAAGAGUUAAGCAAUACCUCAAUUACAAAUUCCUCAUUACAGAUGCAGUCCACUGUGAUGAGUGCCUAGAAGAUCAAUACCCAAACCGGAACCAAGACCAGUGCAUCCCCAAGAAUAUCCACUUCCUCUCGUAUCAAGACACACUGGGGUCCGUUUUGGCUUCUCUUGCCUUUCUACUGUUUCUGAUCACAUGUUUGGUGCUGGCCAUCUUCAUCAGAUACCAGGACACACCCAUUGUCAAAGCCAACAACCGAGACCUCACCUACGUCCUCCUCAUCUCCCUCCUGCUCUGCUUCCUCUGCUCCUUCCUCUUCAUCGGCCGACCCAGGAAAGCCACCUGUCUUCUUCGACAAACUGCUUUUGGUAUGGUCUUCUCUGUUGCUGUUUCUUCUGUGCUGGCAAAAACUCUCACUGUGGUCCUGGCCUUCAUGGCCACCAAGCCAGGAAACAUGGCAAGAAAAAUACUGGGCAGACAGCUGACAAACUCCAUUGUCAUGGCCUGCCCCCUAAUUCAAGUUGUAAUAUGUGCUGUGUGGCUAGGAACCUCUCCCCCCUUCCCAAAUUUGGACUUCUCUUCUCAGAAAGGCGAGAUCAUAGUGGAAUGUCAUGAGGGCUCGGUCACCAUGUUUUAUGCCGUCCUGGGUUACAUGGGCUUCCUGGCCCUCGUCAGCUUCACGGUAGCUUUCCUUGCUAGGAAACUGCCAGACAGCUUCAAUGAAGCCAAGUUUAUCACCUUCAGCAUGCUUGUGUUCUGCAGCGUCUGGGUCUCCUUUAUGCCAACCUACUUGAGCACCAAGGGGAAAUUCAUGGUGGCCGUGGAGGUCUUCUCCAUCUUGGCCUCCAGUGCUGGUCUCCUGGGCUGCAUCUUUCUCCCUAAAUGCUACAUCAUUCUUCUGAGGCCCAAUCUCAAUAGCAGAGAGAGUCUAAUAAAGAAAAAGAAUCAGGGAAUCUAGUAUGUGUAAUGAUUUACCAUGACUCCAGCUUCAGUCAACCAUAGUUUCCUAUGAAUUUUCCCUUUAAUAGAAACUCAGAGAGUUAUCCAGGGUGUAAUGUGUAUGUCUUUGUUUCCAAAGCCCUUUACAUGAUUUCUGAAAAGCCAGGCAGACCCAUUGUUGUCUGUUCCUGUGUUUGUACUGAAAGUCCUCCUAGGGCAAGAAAAAGCACAUGUUUUAGAUUAGUGUGGGUUUGGUGAGUGACAGGGACGGUGCCACCACUGGGCAAACUGGUUCAAAGAAUCCGGGCUGCUACCAAUCAGGGGCCGUGCCUUGCGGCCCCGACACACACCCCCGCGCCUGACAUCAGAUGCGUGGGGCGUAGUCUCCCUCCGAAACGGGCU